AUGAGUUUCACCUUCUUCACAAAGCCUUCCACAGGUUUCGAAAUCGUCCCUCAAGACGACAUCGAGGACGUUCGACAUGACGAAAAGAAGUCUUCCUUUACGUGGCACAGGUCAUCAAAAUAUCCGUGUUCCCACCUAACGGUGUCGAGAGUAACAAGAGUCGCAACAUGGGCAAUCACAAUCCUGUUGGUGUUGUCGAAUCUGCACUUCAUGUGGCUGAUUCGCAGGUACUCUUCGGUGGUUCAAGCACACAAAGCUUGGCCUCAACAUCCUGUGUACUCUCCAGCUCAAAAUGCUGUGCAAUACCACGAUAUUGUCUAUACGUCCGGGUUUGGGGCGGAGCUGAGCGAGUAUCAGGGCCCCCCAUCUCCCGAAAGUGACCAGGCUUGGAGUGACUUGUACAUACUAGAUGUAGAAGCUGACUUUGAGGAUGCAGUUGGAAUCAGUCGAAUUUCGAUGGCGGAGGCCCAUGAAUUGGCAAACAGGACGGUGCCUAUCCCGGAUGAUCCGGGCUACUACGCUGUCGGUCUUGAUGUUUUUUCAUCAGCUCCAUUGCCUUAA